CUAGCAUAUAUUACAUUAAUUACAGUUGAAAAUCUCGAGAUAACGAUAUCAGUUGGCGGUGGCUUUGCAAGAAUGAUAGACAUUGCGAGCUCCAUGCAAAGCACUGAGAUUGUGUACAUGUGUUUUUGGAGAACCAACCUUAUUGACUGCAAAACUACUUGACAGGAGUUCAAAACAGUCAUGAAUGAAAAACAAGAUUUAAUAAGUUUCAAUGAACAUUUUGAUGAUACUGAUUCAAAUUCAGUAACAGAAGCAAUAUUUUUAGAACCUGGUGUUUACUAUCCCAAAAAUAGGCCUCUUCACAGCCAAAAGUCACGGACUAGACCAACCAAACAAACAAAAAGAUUCGUUUUCAAAAACGGUGACUUCAAUAUUGACAAAGGCAACACUAACCACCAAGGGUUUUUUUCAAGAUGGUUCGUCACAAUGGUGGAAGCUCGCUGGAGGUGGACCCUCGUCCAUUUCUUCCUAGCCUUUACUGGAGACUGGCUCUUCUUCGGCUUCAUCUACUGGGUCAUCGCAUUGGCACAUGGAGACCUGAUUGAGGAACAUUUGCCUCCAAACCAGAACCAAUCUGACUGGACCCCUUGCGUUGAAAACAUUUAUGGAUUUACUUCAACCUUCCUCUUCAGUGUCGAAGUCCACACGACUGUGGCUUAUGGUAAAAGAGCAAUAACUUUAGAAUGUCCUCAAACAAUUACUGCCAUGUGCUUUCAAUGUAUGGUCUGCUCUAUUUUCCAAGCGUUCAUGGUUGGUAUUCUAUUCGCGAAACUGACGAGACCAAAAGGCAGAACACAGACGAUUCUGUUCAGCAGACAAGCAGUUGUGACUUUGAGAGAUGGAAAGCUCUGCAUGAUAUUCAGAGUAGGAGAUAUGAGGAAGUCAAGGAUACUCAAUAUCAAAGCAUCAGUGUUCGUUUUGAAACUAGGUGACGACCACGAUGAGAAUUACGAACAAACAGAAAUGCACGUCGAAUUAGAUGGUUGUGAAUCAACGUUUUUCUUAUGGCCAGUGUCAGUCAUACAUGUAAUUGAUGAGAAGAGUCCUUUGUACUGUAUCUCUGCAGCAGAUUUGUUAGUUGGGAAAUUUGAAAUUUUAGCAGUUUUUGAAGGCGUCAUUGAAUCUACUGGGCAGCAGGUACAAGCGAGAACGAGCUAUACAGAAUGUGAUAUUUUAUGGGGUCAUCGGUUCAUACAAAUGGUUAAGUGUGAUACAGAAACUAAUAUGUACGAUGUGGACUUUUCGAAAUUGUGUGAAACUGAGAGGAUUGAUACGCCAUUGUGUUCAGCCAGUGAAUAUAAAUCUAUGUUGUCUUUAUUUGAUUUAGAUACUUAUACAACUUGAACUUGGGAAUUGUCAAGUUUUUUACUAGUCACUUCUUAUUGAUAGUUUAGUGAUAAAUGCUCU